AUGGAGACCAUGGAAGGAGCUGAACUCUGCUUUCAACAACUACUCAACACCUCUUGCAGGAAGAAAACACAGCAUUAUGCUGAGAACAUAUUUCUUAACAUCCUGCUGUCUUGCAUAUCUUUGUUCACUGUGGCUCUCAACCUGCUGGUCAUCAUCUCUAUCUCCCACUUCAGGCAGCUCCACACCCCCACCAACCUCCUCCUCCUCUCGCUGGCAGUCUCAGACUUACUUGUUGGCCUCCUGCUGAUGCCAGUUCUAAUCCUCCGUAUUGGGGGCUGCUGGUUUUUGGGGAGCUUCAUAUGUGGACUAUAUUACUAUACCUCUUUUAUCCUUACAUCUGCCUCAGUAGGAAACAUGGUGCUCAUAUCAGUUGACCGAUAUGUGGCCAUUUGUGACCCUUUGUGUUACCCCACCAGAGUCACUCAAAAAAGAGUUAAAAUCUGUGUUUGUCUGUGUUGGGCCUGUUCUGUAUUCUAUAAUGGGGUAAUACUGAUUGAUUUCCUGAAGGAGCCAGAUAGAUAUAAUUCCUGCUAUGGAGAGUGUGUAGUUGUAAUUAACUCUGUAACAGGAGCUGCUGAUGUCAUGUUGACCUUUGUUGGCCCCAUUGUUGUCAUCAUAGUUCUGUAUAUGAGAGUAUUUGUGGUGGCUGUGUCUCAAGCUCGAGCCAUGAGGUCUCAUAUUGCCAUUGUUAAACUCCAGGGCUCAGCUGGUGUAACUGCUAAGAAGUCUGAGAGAAAAGCAGCCAGAACUCUUGGUGUUGUUGUGGUUGUAUUUCUAAUAUGUUUCUGUCCUUAUUUUUAUCCCUCUCUCGCAGGACAGGACAUCUCAACCAGUGUGGAAUUUUCAAUUUUUGGGGUGUGGCUACUUUAUUGCAACUCCUGUCUAAAUCCAGUGGUCUAUGCUUUUUUCUACCCCUGGUUUAGGAGAUCUAUUAAACUAAUUGUUACACUUCAAAUUUUGCAGCCUGACUCCUGUGAUGCCAAUGUACUGUAG